CGGGAGACAGAGGGAGAAGUGGUGUCCGCUGGGUGGCGGGCAGGUGCGGAGGUCACGGUCCCAGCGCCUGGGAGAAGCCCUGGGAGGGGAGCUCCAGGGCCAACGGGUGGGAAGGAGCGAGCGGGACCCACGCGGCGGCCCGGGGCGGAAAGGAGGCGUGGGGGCGGGGCGGAGGCGGCGGGGGGCCUCGCCCGGCAGUGCCGCGGCCGCUGCCCGUCCGCCGCCGACUCGGCCGAAACUUCUUGGGGUCCUGCGCUCCAGAGAAGAGGGUGCAGCCCAGCCACUACCGACGGCGGGGCCUGAGCUGGUGCGCAGGUCGCGAGGCCUCGCUUCAUUGCAGCGCGGUCUCGGUCUCCGCACCCGACUUCGCAGCCGACCGAGCGCAGGUUCCCGGGCGCCGUGCCUCGGCCGCCCGGGCCGGGCAGCGCGCCUCCCGCGAAGGCUGCCCCGGCCUGAGCGGGCUCCCGCAGACGCUGCGGCGGGAUCCCCGGACCCCCGGAGCGCUGUGCGCCCAGGCGCGGAUGCUGAGUCCGGCGCCGCGGCCCGAGCGCGGAGAGGAGCGGCCCCCGCUCGCUGCGGCGCCCUGACGAUCCAGCGCAGCCGUCGCCGGAGGAGCCGGAGCCCGCGAGCCUGAGGAGCGGCGGGACACGCAGGGAGCCCAGUUUUGGAAGCCGGCAGUCCCUGGGGUCUUCCCAGGGCACUGGGGAGGGCUGAGGCCGACCAUGCCGGGCCUGCUGCUGCUCAUUGCUGCAUUGCUCUCCAGCUGGGCUCAGCUUCCAGCCGAAGCCAGCUCCUGGUGGUCAUUAGCUAUGAACCCGGUGCAGAGACCUGAGAUGUUCAUCAUCGGUGCCCAGCCUCUGUGCAGCCAGCUUCCUGGGCUCUCCCCUGGCCAGAGAAAGCUGUGCCAGUUGUACCAGGAGCACAUGGUCUACAUAGGGGAGGGAGCCAAGAUGGGCAUCAAGGAGUGCCAGUACCAGUUCCGGCAGAGGCGGUGGAACUGCAGCACGGUGGACGACACGUCUGUCUUUGGGAGGGUCAUGCAGAUAGGGAGCCGGGAGACAGCCUUCACCUAUGCUGUGAGUGCCGCGGGGGUGGUGAACGCCAUCAGCCGGGCGUGCCGAGAGGGUGAGCUCUCCACAUGUGGCUGCAGCAGGACAGCUCGGCCCAAGGACCUUCCCCGUGACUGGCUGUGGGGCGGCUGUGGGGACAACGUGGAGUACGGCUACCGGUUUGCUAAGGAAUUUGUGGAUGCUCGGGAGCGGGAGAAGAACUUUGCCAAGGGAUCGGAGGAGCAGGGCCGGGUGCUCAUGAACCUGCAGAACAAUGAGGCGGGUCGAAGGGCUGUGUAUAAGAUGGCAGAUGUAGCCUGCAAAUGCCAUGGCGUCUCUGGGUCCUGCAGCCUCAAGACCUGCUGGCUCCAGUUGGCAGAGUUCCGCAAGGUGGGAGACCAGCUGAAGGAGAAGUAUGACAGCGCUGCCGCCAUGCGCAUCACCCGCAAAGGCAAGCUGGAGCUGGUCAACAGCCGCUUCAACCAGCCCACCCUGGAGGACCUGGUGUACGUGGACCCCAGCCCUGACUACUGCCUGCACAACGAGACCACGGGCUCCCUGGGCACCCAGGGCCGCCUCUGCAACAAGACCUCGGAGGGCAUGGACGGCUGUGAGCUCAUGUGCUGCGGCCGUGGCUAUGACCAGUUCAAGAGCGUCCAGGUGGAGCGCUGCCACUGCAGGUUCCACUGGUGCUGCUUUGUCAAGUGCAGGAAGUGCAUGGAGGUCGUCGACCAGCACGUCUGCAAGUAGCUGGGGCCAGGCUCCUGGCCUCCUCUCUACUCUGCCUCACAGAAGAUUAUAGUAUAUAAAAAUAUGUAAAUAUAUUUUAUAUUUGUAUAAAUGAAUGGAUGGGUGAUAAUUAAAAGGAAAAAAUGGAAAGGAAAAGCCUAUUUAAGAGACGUUAAAGAUCUUUGAGAUUUGGACUUUGCUGGUUCUCAGAUCUCAGUGGGUGGGACAAAGGGGUUCUCAGAUCUCAGUGGGUGAGAGUCGCCACUGGGACAUCUUCCCCUUUCUCCAGUGGUGACUCUCAGGAUGUAGGGACUUGGGUAUAUUCACUGUCUAUCCAUUAUUCCUUGAGGAGAGAGGUGGUGGUUAGGUGGGAAGAUGAUUCUGUCUGGAAGUCUGGAGCCUUUGCUAGGUAGAUGACUGGACUUGACUUCAGCCUUUGGGCCCAGAGGCCCUGUGGAAGGCAGCAGGAACUCAACUUAAACCUUGAAAUCUCCAGGGUUUCACCCAGAACAUUGAUGGGCUCUGUGAAAGGACCAGUGCUUUCCUGCCUUUUUAUUUGUGUGCAUACUUGCAGGCAUGGGAGCAGCCUGGUGUUGUCUUUGACCUGUGACUCCAAAAGGACCCACACUUCCCUGGCCUGUCUUUCCAGGGAGAAUUACUGUCCCUCCAACAGUUCACUGUCACCUGCCACAAGUUCCCUGCACCAGGAGGAAAGGGGGCCUUGGGCCUGACAUGUUAGGAAAGACAUGAACUGAGUAUUUGUGCCUGAGUUGCAGAAAGCUAGGCAUGUGACUAGACUGAAUGAAUGUUGCACUAUGCUCCCACCCAGGGAAGGGAACCUUAUGAUGCUGCUGCUGUCACUUCCUCCAUCAGUGGAGGCCUCAUGCAUGACAGGAUGCAUACCUAGGUCAGGCUCGGCCAGCUUGGCAUGGUCUCUUAAUCUCUGCCCCAGAUGUACAUUUUCUCUCUGACAUUAAAUACCCUUCACUGAAGUUUUUCUCCCUUUCUUUAUUUGGACACUUGAUUACCUUUUAUGAGUCUCCUCUUAUUUUGACCUAAUCCUUAGAACCCUGAUACAUGGUAUACAUAUGGAAAAGGGUAAGGAAAUUGGGACAUUUCAGAGCUCUAGUUCGGUAAUCAGAGGCAGAAACAGAGGAUGUUAAGAGAAUUGAAUAGGGUAAUGCAUUUAAGUGCUGUCCCCAACAGCCAACACAAAGUUAAAUACUCAAUAAAUGGCUCUGGCCAAGUAGCUCAGUUGGAUGGAGUAUUGUCCCAUACACCAAAGGUUGUGGGUUUGAUUCCUGGUCAGGGCACAUAUGUGGAUGGGGGUUCGAUUCUUGGUUGGGGCAUGUAUCAGAGACUGAGGUUUCUCUCUCACAUGGAUGAUUUGCUCGCUCUCUCCCUCCCUUCUUUUCUCUCUAAAAUCAAUAAACAGCCCUGGCUGGUGAGGCUCAGUGGAUUGAGUGCCAGACUGCGAUCCAAAGGGUUGCCAGUUCGAUUCCCAAUCAGGGCACAUGCCUGGGUUGCAAGCCAGAUCCCCAGUUCAGGGGGUGCACAAGAGGCAACCACUCCUGUUUCUCUCCCCCUCUUUUUCCCUCCCUCCCCCUCUCUAAAAAAUAUAAAUAAAUAAAGUCUUUUAAAAAUAAAUAAAAUAAAAUUAAUAAACAUAUCAGAUAAAGAUAAAAAACUCACUAAGUGGUAGCUAUUAAUAUUACUAUUAUAAACAAAAGAAUUUGGAGAUUUAAGUAUAAGCCUCACAGUUACCUACCCUUUCCCUUCUUCCUCCAAUUACAGCCUACUGAGUUAACUGUGGUUUGUUUUCUGGAUCCUCAGAAAAGCACAGGUGACGGGAUGCUCUUUGCAGGAUUUCUGAAUGUGGCCAACUCCAGGCUUGGACUUCAGUAGCAGGGGCCAGUAAGAGAGUGUAAGGCAGAGCCUGGGGGUCCAGGGAGGGAGCUGUUAUCUCCAAGAAAAGGAGGAAGCAGUUACUAGGAGAGACAUUGAGCCUGGCUCCACUGGAGUAACCAGCCUUCAGGUAAGCCAGUAACCACAUAAAGAUCAGUUUUGUCCUAGAAAAGUUUAUUUCUGGGAAAAUAAUGGAAUUAUGGAACUAAUUUGAGUUGUAAUGAACAACUAAUUCUGCAAAAUAAUCCAAAAGAGAUUAUUGUGUCUGAGUCUAUCCAUGGCCAUAAAUACUACUUGUAUCUUUAGUAUUUAAAGAGGAACCUUCUGACUUGACAUCAGACUAUCAGAUGUAGGGUCAUUUUAACAGUAACUGGAGGACUUACGACGCCAAGAUGGCAGCGUAGGUGGAAGCACUGCACCUUCUCACACAACCAAGUUUAAAAACAACAAAGUUUUAGCAACAAAAAUGCAGCCAAACCACAGAAAAUUGAACUACACGGAAGUCUGACAACAAUGAACCCUUCAGCCAAACCGGUAAGAGGGGCAGAGCCAGCAGCAGAGCGGGGUCGGCCAGGAAAGAUCCACUGGACUCACCCGGGUACUCCACCCAGGUGGGCCAGCAGCGGUGGGUGGAUCCCAGGUGUGGAGAAGCGGGUGGACCCACUGAAGGCUGAUUGAGGUCACCCAUUCACACUCAGAUAAACUGGUGAAGGAGCUAGCAGUGAGAUGGACCUCGCAGGCCCCAAUGGCAGGAAGCAGCAGAGGGAACAGCCAUUGUCCCUCUCUGACCCCGCCCCCACAUACAGCAUCACAAACCAGUGACCUGGAUGGCCCUGCCCUGGUGAACAACUAAGGCUCCACUCCUCAUACAUAACAGGCACUAACAGAUCAAAACAUGACUUGAGAACAACUCAGAGCCCCAGAGCCAAUUAAUCUAAGCGAUGAAGAAAUAGCCAAACUUUCAGAUGCACAGUUCAAAACACUGGUGAUCAGGAUGCUCACAGAACUGGUUGCUUUUAAUUACAAAUAAGAUGAAAAAAUGAAGGCAACACUAAGUGAAAUGAAACAAAAUGCACAGGGAACCAAUAGUAAUGGAAAGGAAAAUGGGACUCAAAUCAAAGGAGUGGACCAGAAGGAAGAAAGAAACAAUCAAUCAGAAAAAAUGAAGAAACAAGAAUUCAAAAAAAAAUGAGAGGCUUAGGAACCUCCAGGACAUCUUUAAACGUUCCAACAUCCGAAUUAUAGGGGUACCAGAAGGGGAAGAGGAACAGCCACAAGUGCAAAACUUAUUUGAACAAAUAAUAAAGGAGAACUUCCCCAAUCUGGCAAAGGAAAUAGACUUCCAGGAAAUCCAAGAAGCUCAGAGAGUCCCAAAGAAGUUCGACCCAAGGAGGAACACACCAAGGCACAUCAUUAUUACAUUAGCCAAGAUUAAAAUGAAGGAGAGAAUCCUAGAAGCAGCAAGAGAUAAGGGGACAGUCACCUAUGAAGGAGUUCCCAUCAGACUGUCAGCUGAUUUCUCAAAAGAGACCUUACAGGCAAGAAGGGGCUGGAAAGAGGUAUUCCAAGUCAUGAAAUCCAAAGACCUACAUCCAAGAUUGCUCUAUCCAGCAAAGCUU